AUGGAGCAAUUACCCCAAUUCCAUGAACCCGAGCAAUGGAAGUCAGCCAACGCCUUGUUUGUUAAAUAUCGACAAGGGGGUGAUUUGACCAGUCGAGAGCGUGCUGUCUCCCUCUUCAGGAAACUUCUACAGUCCUUUCCUAAAGACCAUCCCGAGCUAUUCCCAACCAUCUGCAACUUGGGGAACGCCUUUCUUGCUGAAUUCACCCUUGGAAUCAGCAACAUAAACGACAUAGAUGAAUGCAUCUUGCUUUACAGGACAGCUUUGGCAUGCCUGCCUCAGCCGGCGUCUUUCGAACGACCGAACAGGCUCCGGAUCCUUGCGGAUGCUUUGGUCACCCGAUAUCAGGAAGGAAAGGAUCGUGUCGACUUGGAUGAAAGUAUAGCUCUGUACAAGGAAGCCAUUGAGCUGCAAUCUCUAUCUCAUCCUGAUCGUCCCAAUGCACUUCUUGCGCUCGGCUACGCCUUGAUGGCGCGAUAUCAUCAUAGAAAGCAUUUGAAAGACUUGGAGGAUAGUGCUGCUAUCUACAAACUGUUUCCUCCCUCUGGACACCCGCUGGAGUUCCCGCCUGAAUUUAGUGGGGACCGGUCAACGAUAUUCGACGAACUCGCGUACGGUCGUGCCAUUCGACUCGUGAGAGGAGGGAAUAAGAGGGAUCUAGACGAGAUUUUGUCAAUCAUGGAACGAUUUGAAGAACCUCCGGCUGCACAUCGUGACGUCAGUCGGUUCUGGUUGGAAAGCAGCAUUGCGGCUAUGAUACAUUCUGAAGUUAACCAGACCCCGGCCAAUAAACGUUUGGAAAGACUCGAGGAGAGUGUCGCAUGGUACAAACGAGCUCUGAAGAAUCCAGUGUUGCCUCAUGAGACCGAGCGUCGAUGGAACGUACUGUUCGGUCUCGGCACUGCGCUCCGGAUUCAAUAUUUCUGUCUCGGGCGUAAAGCGCAGCAUUUAGACGAGGCCAUUACAGUCAUUAAACAAGCCUUGCAACUUGAACCUCUGGUCACUGAACUUCGAAGUGUAACAUUUAUUACUCUUUGCGACUACCUCGCCAUCCGAUUUCAAGCCACACGUAGUAUCGGAGAUUUAGACGAGUCGAUUUCUGCGUGCAAGGAUUGGCUACGGCUCGGGCCUCCGACUGAAUCUCAUGCUUCUCGUGGUUUCCUCAGACUCUCACUUCUUUUGCAGUGGCGUCAAAUGCUUACGCUUUGGCCGGGUCACAACAAUGGGGACGAAGAGCGCUAUCUGGAACAUCUUGCACAGAAAAUGACAAAGCUUAAUAUAGAUAUGGAACUUUGA